GUAGUCUUGGAUUUUGAAAACGCCGAGGUGCGCAACAGCGAUUAUGAGUCUCUCCAGCCCGAAGGGUGGCUGACAGGCGAGAUAAUCAAUUUCUACUGGACAUUUCUCGAACGGCGCGAGUUCCGCAGCGAAAGCUCCCUAAUGUUUCUUGGCACAUACACGGCGUACCGGAUCUCGAAUGCGGAGAACGCAACCAUUACCGACAACAUCUCGAUGCAGCUCAGCGAGGAGCUGAAGCACCGGCACCUGGUGCUCAUCCCGCUGAACCACCGCAGCCACUGGUCGCUGCUCGUGUACUGCCGGCUUACCAAGACAUUCUACCACUAUGACUCGAUUUCGCGGCACAACCGCAAGUUUGCAGAGCGCGCUGUCGGACGGUUCCUGCGGGUGCUGGAACCCAAGGCGAAGGACGGGUUUUAUUUCAAGCCAAUGCAGACGCCGCAGCAGAACAACGAUUUCGACUGCGGCAUAUACGUGCUGGCGAUUGCCGAGGAACUGGCACGCCGG